AUGUAUUCUAUGCCCUAUUUUUGCAAGCAUAUUCAGUCUACAGCUUAUGAUGCUGUUGUGCGAGGAAGCUAUGUACCCGCUUCCGUAGAGGAGACGAAAGUGAAGGAUGAAGUGAAAGAGAAAGAAAGAAAAUCAAAAGCUUCAUCAUCUGAAAAAGGUACUAAUGUUGGUGCAUUUCAGAAGCUCCCUAUGGUAAUCCCUUCAGUUGAUAUCUUAUCUUCAGCUCUUAAAAAGGCGAAAAGGGUUUCACCAACACAGGGAAUUAGUAAUAUUGCAAAACGAGAAAGAAACCGAGCUGCAAAACAGCUUGAUGCAUUAAUGAAGGAAUUAGCUGUUCCUCUGAGGACAUACAGAGAAACUUUCCCGAAUAAGAGAUUUCUGCAUCCAUAUGAGAGAUCAUUAGUUGAGUUAACUCUUGGAGAGGGAAACUAUGAAUAUGUGUUGGGAAAAGUUGAUGACUUGAGGAAAAAAGUGAAUUCAGUAGGAAAGGAGCAUGCUGCAAUUUGUGCCAAGUCAAUGACAAAGCGAGAGGCUGAGGAGAAUUUGGCUGCAGGGGUGAAUAAACUCGAAGGGAUUUUUCAGCAAGAAGGGAAAAUUGUUGAUGAGUUGCUCACCAUUGCUAAGACUUUGCGGGCAAUGCCGGUUGUUGAUUUGGAAACACCAACUCUUUGCCUUGUUGGAGCUCCAAACGUAGGAAAGUCAUCCUUGGUUCGCAUACUUUCAACCGGGAAGCCUGAAAUUUGCAACUACCCUUUCACCACUAGAGGAAUUUUAAUGGGUCAUAUUAGUUUUAGCUACCAGAAUUUCCAGGUUACAGACACACCAGGUCUGCUGUGCAGAAGUGAUGAAGAAAGGAAUAAUUUGGAAAAACUAACACUUGCUGUCCUCACUCAUUUGCCAACUGCUGUACUCUAUGUUCAUGACCUUACUGGAGAAUGUGGAACCUCAGUAUCCGAUCAGUUUGUAAUUUACAAGGAAAUCAAGGAAAGGUUCAGUGACCAUCUUUGGAUCGAUGUUGUGUCCAAAUAUGACCUAUUUCAAGAAAAAACUCCGGUUAUUUUUGCUACUGAAGAUCAGAGCAAGGAUGAUGAUGAACUUGCCAAGUACAGGAAAGAGGGACCUGAUGGAGCCAUUCGAGUAUCGGUGAAGAGUAGUCUCGGGGUUGAUGAGUUGAAGAGUAGAGUGCUUGAGAUGCUUACCUCCCAGGUCAACAGGAUUCAGGUUCAAAACAGCAGCGACCAAGAACAAUUGGAGGAAACACAUACCAGUUUGCUUCUUGAUGGCUUUGUUGAUAGUGGCACUGUAAACUUAGAUUGUGCUCUUGGCAGCAGUUGA